AGCUGGGCCCGAGUUUAGCUACCAGUCUACGAGUCCUGGACGCGGCACGGUUGUAGCGAAAACGAAGAGCCCCCGAAAACGAAGACCGAAGAUCGAUGUCGUCCCCUUGGAGAAAGCUCUGUAUCAAUACACCUAAAGUGAGAAUUCGAUUAGACCUUACCUUGCAGGGUGGACAGUCCUUCAGAUGGAGGGAGACGGCACCAGGCGAGUGGACUAAUGUUUUGUGUGGCUUCGUCUGGACGCUAAAACAAAGCGAAAAUGAUAUAUUCUACCGGGUGUACAAGUCAGUCAUUGAAAAAAGCAAGCGAAUCUUAAAAGAAACCUGUUUCUCGCCAGGAAAUAAAACUGGCUGUCAUGUAACCGACAAAACGUCUAACAUCUAUGAAUCAAUUUUACGAGACUAUUUUCAGCUUGAUGUGGAUACCCACUCUCUUUUGGAGCAGUGGGGAAGUCGAGACCCUUACUUUGUUAAAGUUUCAGAGAACAUGCCAGGUGUUCGAGUUCUAAGACAAGAUCCGGUAGAAACUUUGUUUGCUUUUAUAUGUUCGUCAAAUAAUAAUAUCCCGCGUAUUAGUGGAAUGGUUGAAAAACUUUGUCAGGAGUAUGGAGACAAGCUUGGAGACCUUGGUGGUGUUGCUUACUAUGCCUUCCCUGACAUGAAAGAUUUGAAAGGUUCAGUAGUUGAGCAACACUUGCGAUCUGUUGGAUUUGGAUAUCGAGCAAAGUUUAUAAGUCAGUGUGCAAGCUACAUUCUGCAGCACCAUGACAGCAAGUGGCUUGAAGGCUUGCGAAGUGUAUCUUAUGAGGAGUGCCAUUCCACAGCACUUUGUCAGCUGCCAGGUGUGGGAGCUAAGGUGGCAGACUGUGUGUGUCUUAUGUCACUUGACAAGCAUGAAGCUGUCCCUGUUGACACACAUCUCUGGCAGAUAACUACAAAGCACUACAUGCCGCAUCUUGUGAAGACAAAGUCUCUAACAGCUAAAGUUUAUAAGCAGAUAGGUGAUCAUUAUAGGGAUCUGUUUGGAGAAUAUGCAGGAUGGGCACAAUCAGUUCUUUUUGCUGCUGAUUUAAAGAGAUUUCAAGAUAUUCAGAGUGUUACUCCUGCCAACUUGAAGUCAUCAUCUGGUAAGGUGAAGGGCGGGAAACGGGAAGCCCCGGAUGGUUAGGCGGAAAAAUACAGAACCGCUCCCUCAAGUCCAACGUCCAACAGACCCAGAUCUCCACGCGCUCCGUGCUUCAAGCAAGAAUCCACAGGUCCUGGAGACGAGUGACAAGUUAUCAAAAAACAAAAAAGGAAGCUUUAAAACUGGAAAG